GAGGUCGGCUGUUCCAGGAGCUGCUAUGGUGUUGAGUUCCCCGGUAUCGCCGACCGAGCCAAGGCAUUCGCUGCCAUGAAGGCGGGUGCCACAUCUAUGUGGGCUUCGUGCUGUGGGCUGCUGAAUGAAGUCAUGGGAACCGGAGCUGUCAGGGGCCAGCAGUCAGGAUUUGCAGGAGGCACUGGUCCUUUCAGAUUUACACCAAACUCUGAUUUUUCCACCUACCCACCAGCAACUCCGGAAGGGCCUAAUAUAGUUUGCAAAGCCUGUGGACUUUCAUUUUCAGUCUUUAGAAAGAAGCAUGUGUGUUGUGACUGCAAGAAGGAUUUUUGCUCCGUUUGUUCAGUCCCGCAAGAAAAUCACCGUAGAUGUUCUACUUGUCACUUAUUACAAGAGACUGCCUUCCAGCGCCCUCAGUUGAUGGGACUAAAAGUGAAGGAUCUUCGGCAGUAUCUCAUUCUUAGAAACAUACCAAUAGAUACUUGUCGAGAGAAGGAAGACUUGGUAGAUCUAGUACUGUGCCACCAUGGACUAGGCUCUGAGGAUGACCUGGACACAAGCAGUCUGAAUUCUUCACAGUCCCAGACUUCUAGCUUUUUUACACAGUCAUUUUUUUCAAACUACACCGCCCCUUCUGCUACCGUGUCUUCCUUUCAGGGGGAGCUUAUGGAUGGAGACGGCACCUCCAGAUCUGGAGCACUGGCACAGGUACAAAGUGAAAUAGCUUCAGCAAACACAGAAGAUGAUGAUGAUGAUGAUGACGAUGAUGAGGAUGAUGAAGAAGAAGAAGAAAAUUUGCAGGAUCGGACCCUUGGGCUCUCCAAGAAGCGAGUGAGAACUUCGCUGUCUGACCUGUCAAGCCUUGAAGAGGUGGAGGGGAUGAGUGUGCGCCAGCUGAAGGAAAUCCUGGCUCGGAAUUUUGUCAACUAUUCUGGCUGUUGUGAAAAAUGGGAACUGGUAGAGAAAGUUAACCGGUUAUACAAAGAGAAUGAAGAAAACCAAAAGUCAUAUGGUGAGCGGCUACAGCUGCAGGACGAGGAAGACGACAGUCUGUGCCGCAUCUGCAUGGAUGCUGUCAUCGAUUGUGUCCUACUGGAAUGUGGGCACAUGGUCACCAGCACCAAGUGCGGCAAGCGCAUGAGUGAGUGUCCCAUCUGCCGCCAGUACGUGGUGCGAGCUGUGCACGUGUUCAAGUCCUGAAACCAAGGUUCUCCCCAGUGGGACACGCACCCCCAGACUCCAUCCCAAACAUUUCAUUGCACAGAAGGGACUGGAAACUUACUGUUCAAAGGCAGAAGCUAUUUUUAAAAAUUAUUUUCACUACUUAUUGGGGGCAUAAAGUUUCAUCCUAAGAUGAAGAAACAUUGGUCCGUGCCAUGAGCCUGCCUGCGAUCACGAGCUUCCUAGGUUUUACGGGGUUCUGUCACAUGUCCCUCGUGAGCGCUAGUUGUUGAAGUCGGACUGUUGGGCAUCAGCUCCUGCUCUCUGGCCAAUACUUACCCCAUUCUUAUUUCCCUUUGAUCCUAUGUUGGAAACUUCUGUUCUCUUUGGGUGAGGUGAGCUCACUGUCCACAGUGGCUCAUGUGGAACGUGCUAAGCAGC